GAAUAAAGGGAUCUUAUUUGUUGCAAUUGAUCCAAACAAGCCCCUCUCCGAUCAAGGCCCUUUUGACAUUGUCUUGCACAAGCUUACUGGAAAGGAGUGGCGACAGAUUCUCGAGAGUGCUUGCUUCCUCCUCCAUGCAUCAUGACUUGAUAGUUGAGGUCGAGGCAGCAAGUGGGGAUUUUUUCUACUUUCAGGUUUUCUUAAGUAUUUUUUUGCAAAACCUUUUCCCUUUUGCUGUUAACCCCCCUUUAAACAGCUUAAUUUUGAGAUGGUUUUUCACCCUAGUUCAAAAUCUUUUGCACCUAUUUUUUGGCUCAGUAGUUCUUCAUGUUUUAAGAUUAGGAUCUAUGAACAAUUCAGCUAGAUUGAAGUACUUCUGGUUUGAAUUAGCCAUUUAGAAAAUAAAUAGCGUUUAGUUUUGACUCAAUACAUGAAUUAGAGUCUAGCAUAUUGAUGAAUUAUAAAUCAACAGUGAUUUAUGGUUAUUUGCUGCUCUAACCAUGUAUCUGAUCUCCCUAGUCUCAUGCUUCACGUAUUUGUGAUCUUUGAAUAUUUACUGUAUCAAGGAAAACUGUAUUGCAGGACUUAUUCAUUUUGCAUUUCACUCUCUUGGCUAUUUAGAUUCAUAAGUGUUUAUGCCACUUACAUGAACACCAAGGUGAAGGGGCGUCCCUCUAGAGACAACUACAAUUGCAGAAAGUGCCAGUAUUUUUAACAUCAUUUAUUUUAUUCCUGUUGAUUAGUGUAUUAGCAGAAACAAUGAUGGACGCUCUCUACAUUAUAUUCUCUUUCAUAACUAGUUGUUUGUCACCUUUGUAUUAUGGAAGUAGUUAUUUUGUAUCUGUGGUGGAAAGUGGUGGUUAUGAAUGCAUUUUCCUAAUAUCAAUGUUAGUAAGUGUUCUUUUUCUUAUUCAUACGAGUAUUAAUAAAAUGAUGCCAGCAUGAAAUCAUGAAUCAUAUUGAGGGGCUGCUUAAUGUAAUGUACAUGUUAAGCUGCUCUCAUCCAUUAUUAUUUUUGCUUGUUUCCUUACUGGUUAUUUUUGUAUCAGGUUCAGUGUUGCUGCUUAAUCUGGGUUAUCACAGUCUAAAGUUGGUCAGAUGUGUUAUAUUACCAAUCUGGUGUCAAAUUCAGUGUCUUCAUUUGAAACAAGAUAUAAGAAUAUUCAUUUUUGAACUUAGAUGAGUUGGACCAUAAGACUUAAACGUUGAUCAGAGAGCAAUUCUUAUAAAUUAUUAUAUCCCUAGACCUCAUAACUGAAGCAUCAUUCUUGGCUAAUUAAUGUUUCAUGCAAGAAUUGCUUAACUAUAGGUGGUAAUGAUACUGGCAAAAUAUUGUUUCUUCUUUGUUUAUUCAUUUUACUUAAGAGCUUUAUGUAACAAUUUCCUUGUGAAUAUUGUUCCUCAACAAUCGGCAGAUGGCUAGUAAUGCUUUUAGCAGCGAAUACUGUGAUUCUGUGUAUGUCAUUAUGGUUUCUCUGUCUCUGAAUAUGGUGAAAAUGGUUUGCCAUAUGAGUGAUUCUUACCCUUCUAUUUGUGUGGAAUUGCAGGACUUCAGAAGGACACAUCCUGAAGUUACUGUUCUUGAUCCUCCAGAUGCCAUUCAACAUCUACACAACCGUCAGUCCAUGCUCCAGUGUGUUGCUGAUAUGAAUUUGUCAAACUCCUAUGGGAAAGUUGAUGUUCCCAGGCAAUUAGUUGUGAAAAGAGAUGCCGCAUUCAUUCCUGUUGCAGUCUUGAAAGCCGGGCUGAUGCUACCUAUUGUUGCAAAGCCACUAGUUGCAGAUGGGAGUGCAAAGUCACAUGAAUUAUCGCUUGCUUAUGACCAAGAAUCUCUUCAAAAACUCGAACCUCCACUUGUUCUUCAGGAGUUCGUUAACCAUGGAGGUGUUCUCUUCAAAGUUUACAUUGUCGGGGAGGCUAUAAAGGUGGUCCGGCGAUUCUCUUUACCUGAUGUCUGUAAAAGGGAACUCUCCAAAAAUGCUGGCGUCUUUCAUUUUCCACGAGUUUCAUGUGCUGCAGCUUCUGCAGACAAUGCUGAUUUAGAUCCUGGUGUUGCUGCUUUUUCCAGGGAAUUUGCAGUCCCAUUAGUCUCGCAUAUAUUUGAGCUUCCUCCGCAGCCCUUACUUGAGAAACUGGCAAAAGAACUUCGUCGUCGACUGGGUCUUCGGCUCUUCAAUUUAGAUAUAAUCCGAGAGCAUGGAACCAGAGAUCAAUUUUAUGUUAUUGACAUAAACUACUUCCCAGGGUACGGGAAGAUGCCAGAAUAUGAACAUAUAUUUACAGACUUCCUUUUGAGCCUGGGGCAGAAUCAGUACAAGAAGAGAUCAACCUAAUAAAUUAUUUGUAUGGCGUUAAAAGUUCACCAGAUCCAGACAAUCAUGUUGCCUGAAUAAGAGAGUAUUUUGUGGGAUUCCCGCCAGCGGUUGGAGGUGGACAUGUGAAAAAUGCAAAUGCUCCCAACCUUCAACUUCUGUAUUUACUGACUUGCUGGCCGGAUUCAUGUCUGCCGCUGAAGGAUCCACGGCGCACUCGCAGCUCCCUGAAAUUCAAGCUGGCCUUGCUCAAUAUAUUAUGCUGUCUUACCGCUGUUUUAUGUUGUUCCAAGGUUCAAUGAGCUGUUAGUGAAUGGUAAACAGACAUCAGUGCAUAUUGUCUGUAUAGACAUUUCUUUUGGGAGAGCAUCCCACUGACUUGUAUUUAGCAGUUGUACAAUAAUAUACAUCCACAUGUUUCUUCUA